AUGGCAGGGGCAAACAAUAAAAGAAAAUGUUUUACAUGUGAUAGAGAAAACAAUACGUAUACUUGUGAAGGAUGUUCAAAAAGAUUUUGUGUUAUACAUAUACCAGAACAUCACCAAAGAUUGAAUGAAGAACUACAUCAUAUUGUUGAUGAUUAUAAUGAAUUUAAAGAAAGAAUUAAUGAACAAAAACAAUAUUCACAAAGUUAUACGGUAAUAGAACAAAUUGAUCAAUGGGAAAAAGUUUCAAUUGAAAAAAUUAAACAAAAAGCAAAAGAUUCUAGAAAAAUGAUUAUUGGAUCAUUACAAACAUGUAUUAAUGAUAUAGAAACGAAAUUUAAUGACUUAAAUAAACAAAUACAACAACUUCAGAUACAAAAUGACUUUAACGAAAUUAAUUUAAACUAUUUAAGAAAUCAAUUAAGAAAAAUUACAGAAGAAUUAAAGCAUCCGUCAAAUAUUUCUAUUCAAGAAGAUCCACAAUCAUUUAUUAGUGAUAUUUCAAUUAUUUUAUCAAAAAAACCGAAACUGCACAAAUGGAAAGAAAACGGUAUCACUGUGGCUGGUGGAAAUGGACGAGGACAGCAAUUAAAUCAACUCAAUGAUCCUGAAGGAAUCUAUAUUGACGAGAACAAAAAUAUUUUUAUUGCUGAUUAUGAAAAUCAUCGUAUUAUUGAGUGGAAAUAUAAUGGAAAGGAAGGACAAAUUAUUGCAGGUGGAAAUGACAAAGGAAAUCGAAAGGAUCAAUUGAAUGAGCCAACAAAUAUAAUUGUUGAUCAACAAAAUCAUUCCAUCAUGAUUGCUGAUAGUAAUAACAGACGAGUGAUUCAAUGGUUGAAUCAAAAGCAACAAAUUCUCAUUCACAAUAUUCACUGUUAUGGCUUGGCAAUGGAUAAAAAUGGAUUUCUUUAUGUUUCAGAUUGGAAGAAGCAUGAAGUGAGACGAUGGAAAAUGGGAGAAUACAACAUCGAAGGAAUUGUGGUUGCAGGUGGAAAUGGCGAAGGAGAUGAACUCAAUCAACUCGAUUAUCCUACUUUUAUCUUUGUUGAUGAAGAUCAAGCUGUUUAUAUAUCAGAUAGCAACAAUCAUCGUGUGAUAAAAUGGAGAAAAGGUGCAAAAGAAGGAGCAAUUGUAGCUGGAGGAAAUGGUCAAGGAAGAAAUCUAAAUCAAUUGUCUGCACCUGUAGGAGUCAUUGUCGAUGAUUUCGGUCAAAUCUAUGUGACUGAUUGUUUAAAUUAUCGAGUAAUGCGUUGGUGCGAAGAAAAAGAAGAAGGUGAAAUCAUUGUUGGUGGAAACGGUGAAGGAAAUCAAUCAAAUCAAUUGAAUCUUCCUACAGGUUUAUGUUUUGAUCAUGAAGGAAACCUUUAUGUUGUUGAUUGGGGAAAUGAUCGAAUUCAAAAGUUUGAAAUAAUUGUGUAA